AUGACAAGGCAGAUACUGACACCGAUGACAAGAGAGAGACUGACAGACAAGACAGAGACUGACAACGAUGACAAGGCAGAGACUGACAACGAUGACAAGACAGAGACUGACAACGAUGACAAAGCAGUGAAUGACAACGAUGACAAGGCAAAUACUGACACCGAUGACAAGACAGAGACUGACAACGAUAACAAGACAGAGACUGACAACGAUGACAAGACAGAGACUGACAACGAUGACAAGACAGAGACUGACAACGAUGACAAGGCAGUGAAUGACAACGAUGACAAGGCAAAUACUGACACCGAUGACAAGACAGAGACUGACAACGAUAACAAGACAGAGACGGACAACGAUGACAAGUCAGAGACUGACAACGAUGACAAGGCAGUGAAUGACAACAAUGAUAAGACAGAGACUGACACCGAUGACAAGACAGAGACUGACAACGAUAACAAGACAGAGACGGACAACGAUGACAAGUCAGAGACUGACAACGAUGAUAAGGCAGUGAAUGACAACGAUGAUAAGACAGAGACUGACAACGAUGACAAGACAGACUCUGACAACGAUGACAAGGCAGAGACUGACAUCGAUGACAAGACAGUGACUGACAACGAUGACAAGGCAGAGACUGACAACGAUGACAAGGCAGAGAUUGACAACGAUGACAAGACAGAGACUGACAACGAUGACAAGGCAGAUACUGACACCGAUGACAAGGCAGUGAAUGACAACGAAGACAAGGCAGUGAAUGACACCGAUGAGAAGACAGAGAAUGACAACGAUGAGAAGACAGAGAAUGACAACGAUGACAAGACAGACUAUGACAACGAUGACACGGCAGAGACUGACAACGAUGACAAUGCAGAGACUGACAACGAUGACGAGGCAGAUACUGACACCGAUGACAAGACAGAGACUGACAACGAUGACAAGACAUAG